AUGUCCACAGCAGUGGCAGUGAAUCGGCCGCCGGCUGAUGUCUCACCGACGGCGGCGAGCUCAGUGUUUUGCUCAGCGGACCAUCGAAUGGCGAACAGAUGUGCGCCGGCGACCAACUUGAAACCAGCAAACAUUGAGCAACUCGAGGAGAAGCUGCAGAAGGCGCUGCGCGAACGCGACGAACAAUGGCGGAGGCACGAGAAGGCGCAAAUCGCGUUCCUUCAAAACGAGACGUCGAAUAUGCUGAAGUCGCUUCAUCAGGAGGUGCAUCGGCUGACGAAUGAGUUGAGGGAAGCCAAACGACAAUCAGCGAUGGGCGAAACCGGCGACAGUAAGAGGAUCGAGGAGCUCGAGACGAUAGUUGCCGAGAAGGAAUCGUACAUCAAGAAUGUCGAGAGGAAGGUGACGGCGACGAUUCAGAAGCUGCAGGAGCAGAUCACUGUGCAGAGUGAGCGGAUUCGUCAGCUCAACGACGAGCUCAACGACAGGAAUCAGACGGUCACCCAUUUGAGUCAGCAGAUUCGCGCGAUCAAGCUUCGCGAAGCGAUGGCGACGUCGACGCAUCGACGGCGAGCUUCGCAACAAUCAUCGUCGCCGAUCGUGUCGCCGUCAAGCCCUCAUCGCAUCUUCCCCCAACCCAGCAGCGGCCUUCUAUCGGCGUCCGUCGCCGUCACAUAUCCGGGAAGCAGCAGUAAAUCAUCGUCGAGCGUCUCGCUCUCAUCAACCGGUUCGUCUGGCUCGCGUCGUUCGAUCUCGGCGAUGCGAGCUCCGUCAAUGCCCAACUGA